UCUCUUUCUAUGUAUGGAUGUGACAAUUGGACAGUGAAGGAAGCUGGUAGGAAGAAAUCAACUCAUUUGGAAUGUGUGCCUGGAGAAGAGUUUUCAGAUACCAUGGACAAAUCUAAAAGACAAAUGAAUGGGCCCAAGAACUCUUUCUAGAAGCCAAGAUGACUAAAGUAAGACUGUUGUAUGUUGGGCAUAUCAUAAGAAGACAUGACUCAAGAAAAGACAAUAAUACUUGCUAAGGUAGAAGGCUUUAGGAAGAGAGGAAGACCACAUUACAGAUGGAUAGACUCAAUCAAGGAAGCCAUAAUUCAAGAGGAGUUCUUCACGUGUGGUAAUUCAUCACAUGAAUUGCCUUGGAUUCGAAUUGACUUUGCUUCUUCUUCCGUUCAGAUUGGCUCUGGAUUUGAGUUCCAGUCUCACGUGUGAUAAGGGCCUUCCUCUUCACCUGCCCCCCUUCUAAACAGGCCCUGUUAUGUGGUUUAUUAAUUAUGUGCCCAGAUGAUCCACUCAGAUUUUUAGAAGAAAAGAUCAAGGAAAUAAUGGAAAAAGGGCUAUAUAGUAUUCUAUGGAAUAUGUGUAUUGAUCCAUACCUAAGCCAGAGGCUAAAAGUAAUUUCAGAAACAUACUUACACACCCUUUUGGGACUUGAUGAUGAUCAGCUGAUGACUACAGAGUUAUGUGAUAAAGCAUGGGACUUUUAUAGCACUAACUUAAAAAGAAUGUGCUUUGAUGCAUGGAUAAAGUAUUGCGCUAUGAGGAGAAUUGGGAAACAAAUCUUACAGAGAAAGUUGUCUUUUGCAAGACAUGUUUAUGAAUCCAAGCUAUUAAAAUCCGUACUAGAAAAAUGGAAUGCUUGGGUGCAGCUUCGCAAAGUAGAACAUGAACGGGCAGCAAAAAGGAUAGGAAAAGUCUUUGCAUUUUCUUUACAGAAGAUUAUUUUUAAAGCUUGGCGAAAAGAGACUAGUUCUAGAAGAAAGACUAAACUAUAUAUGGAGCGUGUAGAAAGAGACUUUGAAGACGAUAUUGAUGAAGAGCCUGAAAGACGUUAUGUUUCAGAGCGUGAAAGACGUCAAUUUGACAAACAUUCAUCAUCAAGAUAUAUAUCAUACGAUCAUGUGCCACAUAUAAGAACAGGCAAAGAUCACUUGACAAAGAUGCCAGGACGAGUACUUGCCCAGAUCUUUCGUUAUUUAACUGUAAUUGACUUGGCAAGAUGUGCUCAAGUUAACCGAACUUGGAAGGCACUGACCCAAACAGGUUCAGUAUGGAGUAAUAUUAAUUUUUCUGCAGUGAAAGACAUAGUGAAAGAUAAUAUAGCUGGAAAUAUUUUACUGAAAUGGACCACUAAUGUGGUGCAUUUGAAUCUUCGUGGUUGUUCUACUCUUCAGUGGCUUACAUUUAAAAGCAUUGGUCGAUGUAUCAAUUUGCAAGAGUUAAAUGUCUCUGAAUGUCAAGGGUUAAAUGAUGAAUUAAUGAGACUUGUAUCAGAAGGUUGUCCAGCUCUCCUUUACCUUAAUUUAUCACACACAGAUAUUACAAAUGGGACACUAAGACUUCUGCCAAGGGGCUUUCCCAACUUACAGUAUUUAAGUUUAGCUUACUGCAGAAAAUUCACCGACAAAGGUUUACAGUACCUUGGCUCUGGAAGAGGAUGUCACAAGCUCAGCUAUUUGGAUAUUUCGGGCUGCCUCCAGAUUACAGUGGAAGGCUUCAGGAAUAUUGGCAACAGCUGCAGUGGUAUCCAGUAUCUAACAAUUAAUGAAAUGCCCACUUUAACCGACAGAUGUGUUCAAGCUUUAACUGAAAAAUGCAAACAAAUUGUGUCUGUUGAAUUCAACGAGUCUCCACAUGUUUCUGACACAGGUUUUAAAGCACUUGCUGAAUGUAAACUUGUUAAAAUGAGGAUAGAAGGGAGUAAUCGUGUUACUGACCAAGGUUUCAGAGUGGUGAGCAAAUUCUGGUCCACAAUGAAACAUAUUUGUGUGGCUGACUGCCAGAAAAUAACAGAUGUAGCUCUUAAGCUAAUUGCACCAUUGGAUCGUAUUAUUGUACUGAAUUUGUCACAUUGCAUAAGAAUCAGUGAUGCAGGAAUAAAAUCAUUUGUUGAUGGAUCAUCAGGCUCAAGAAUAAGAGAACUAAUCUUGUCCAACUGUUCCUAUGUCACUGACAGCGCUGUUCUAAAAAUAGCUCAAAGGUGUCCAAAUCUGAUCUAUCUGAAUCUGUCUCAUUGCCGUGCUGUGACUGAUGCUGGGAUUGAGACUCUGGUACUGAUAUCUUCAUUGGCUUAUAUUAAUAUUUCUGGACUUGACAUCACAGACCAGGCUUUGGACACUCUUGGGAAACUCUGGAAAGUGAAGGAGAUUACUAUGUCAGAAUGUAGGCAUAUUUCUGAUGGAGGAAUUAAGAGAUUCUGUUUUGAUGUGAGAAGACUGGACUACAUAGAUUUUUCUUUCUGCCCCCAACUAUCCAACCAUUCAUUAAAAAACUUGACGUUGAAUUGCCGUAAGCUUACAACUCUUAGUAUGGUUGGUUGUUGCAAGAUAAAUGAUGUCGGUAUUCAAUUUGUGGCAGUAUGCUGCAAUUUUCUUCACUACUUGGAUAUCUCAGGCUGCGUAAAUAUUACUGACAAAGCACUUAAGUUUCUGGGGAAAGGAUGUCAUCAACUCCGAAUUCUUAAGAUGCUGUACUGCAAAGGUAUUACCAGACAAGCAGUUCUAAAAUAUGCACCGAAACUUCAGAAAUGUGAGUACAGUGAUGAUGACCCGCCACUGUGGUUUAGUUAUUAUUCUACUAGUGAUACAACCACCCUGAAGAAACAGAAAAAACGUCGACAGAGCGCAUCAUCUCCUCAGCAGAGCGUAGAGCCAUCUUCAGAGGGAAAAGCCUUGGAGAGUGCUGGGUCAUCCAAAUUAGAACCUCCAGGAGAAAAAAUCUCAGAGAUCACAGAGCUAUUAGCACCUCCAACAGAAAAAAAUGAUGAAUAUGUUACACCACCCACAGUAGACACCCCUGGGGAAAAUUAGAAGCCAAACAAUAUGUAUAACAUUUAAAAGUAAAAAAAAAAUAUCCAGUUUUCUCUUGUUAUUAAAAAAUUAGGUACUUUUUUAAAAAAAGGAAAGGUGUUAACUGGAUAGGUCUUACAAGUCCUCUUGGCAAACACUGUAACCUUUCCUAAACUACUGUAGUAUAAGUUAUGCCUUUUGUAACGUUCUUAAGAAAUGAUCCUAUUUUUGUCUGAUAGCAAGUAACAUUAUUUAACAAUUAUAACAUAACAUACCAGUGCUAUGUAUGUACACCAUCCUGUUUCACUUCAGUUAUCUGUU